GUUCGUGGGCGUGAGCAGGGCCUAGUCUAGACCAAACUCUCUCCACCACUUACACUACUCCGGGAGCUUUCAUUGAACGGCGCCGGACAACGUCCCAGUAAUGCUUGGGGUUCUCCCGUCAGCUUUUAUUCUCCCUUGCUCGAUACUCGGUUCACCUCUUCGGGGGCAUCACUCAUUUUGGAUUGUAUAUGUAUGUAGUUACCCUCAAAUCGAUGCUCAAGCGCCGCUUUGCCACCGUCGGAAGGUGGUACGACAGAAAUCCUUCAGCACAAUCGCCACAGCCAGCAGUGCGAAGGCCUUGUUGCAGCAUUUUUUAGGAUCGCUCAUAUUUUUGACCAAGUAUCACAUGACUGGGCCGUUGCUCAACAGUGGUUCAGUGCAAACCAUCAAUAUCGUGGGGUCCGAUCUUUAAGUUAUGGUCUAAUUCAAAAUUUAGGUUUGGAACAAAUAGUCGGUAUUCGACAUGGGUAGUCAAAUGUCCAAAACACCUUUUCUUUCGGCCAAACCGGGACUAGCGCGUUUACCGCAUUUACCGCAUUUACUUAGUCUUAGCUUAAUUAAUUCUUAGUUAUAUACUUUGAAUAAUUUUAAAUAAAUAAAGUUAAAA